GGGAAGGCAAGCUGCAGGAAGCCUGUCAAAACUGAACUUCUAAGGUUGGGAGAAAUCACCACUAGAGCCAUACACAAUGUCAACUGCAGGAGUUGCAGCACAGGAGAUGAGAGUCCCAUUAAAAAACGGUUUUCUUCACACUAGCCAAGGCAUGGGGAGUCUGAAAACCUGUUGGGGUAGCCACAGUGGAUUUGAAAAUACUUUCUUUACUGUGGACCCUAUAGCUGUGGCAUAUAAUUUUAAUCCAUCAGCAGAGCAACAUUUACCAUCUAAUGGGCAUUCUUCAGACCAUGUUUCCAUGAAUGACCACAGCUUGGCUGAGAGUUGCAUCCAAGUCCCAUCUCAGAGAUCCUGUCCAACUCCUUUAAGUCCCCAAAAUGACCAGCCAGUUUCGAGAUACGAAGACCAUCUUGUUCAUGGCUUUAGUAAACUGUCAUUAACUAUGGGCCAUGUUUCUGAGGAAACACCUCCUCACAUGCCAAUAAAGCACGGGCCAAUUCAUUUUCUGUCUGCAUCUUCCAGUGACCGCAGCUCCAGGCCGUUACCCCCACUGCCUAUUUCUGAGGAUCCUUCUUUAGACGAGGUUGAUAAAGAAGUGGAAUUCCUGACCAGCUCAGACACUGACUUUUUGUUAGGAGAUUAUGAACUUCCUUCCUUUAAAUCCAAUGCCCCGGGCAGGCGGAGCUUUAGAGGUUGUGGACAAAUCAAUUAUGCAUAUUUUGAUGCUCCAGCAGGACCCAAACCAGAAGGCACCAACCCUGUACAAAGUCUAAAUGGAUCCAUAUCUGGUAUUUAUCCUCCUCCGCAACAGCUGCAUCGACGUUUGCGAAGGUCCCAUUCGGGACCUGCUGGAUCACUCAAUAAACCAGUAAUGAGACUAUCUGGGCACUUAAGCAGGUCUUCUCCAAAUUCGGAUGAAGAGAAACCAGAGAUUCCACCACGGGUUCCCAUACCUCCAAGGGCUCUCAAACCAGAUUACAGAAGAUGGUCAGCAGAAGUUGCUUCUAGCGCAUACAGUGAUGAGGACAGGCCUCCCAAAGUGCCUCCAAGGGAACCUUUCUCUCGUAGCAAUUCCCGGACACCAAGUCCUAAAAGUCUGCCCUCAUACCUCAAUGGGAUUAUGCCCCCCACCCAGAGUUUUGCACCUGAUCCUAAAUAUGUCAGCAGCAAAGCUCUACAGAGACAAAAUAGUGAAGGAUCUGCCAACAAGGUCCCUUGUAUUCUUCCUAUUAUUGAAAAUGGUAAGAAGGCCAGUUCAACACACUACUAUCUGCUGCCUGAAAGGCCUCCAUAUCUGGACAAGUAUGAGAAAUUCUUCAGAGAAGCGGAAGAAACUAGCUCUAAUUCAGAGGUACAGUCCUGGUCUGGUGAAGGCACAGCCACAUCAGCCCCAACAAAAUUGGACUCAAAAACUAGAACAGACAUGGCUGGUCAUCUGAAACGAAAACAUCCAUCUUACGUAGUUUCUCCAUAGCCUCUGGGAGCACAUCUGAGCUCAGUUGUUCUGAAUAGAGCUGAACUUUACCAUGUUACAAUGUUCUUGAGGUUCUCAAAUCAUGAAGUAGGACCAAUUUGUCCUCUGGGAACUGGAAAGCAGAUGGUAAAAAUCCUAUAAUGCUGCAUAUCUCUGAUAUGUUUCCGAAGACUGGUUUUCUUGCCUUGGUCUGUAAAAAUUGAAAACCUACAGAGAUUUCAUAGAAACAUAUCGACGGGUAGUAGUCMGAGUUGGCCAGUUAUAUGCUAUACUAGGUUAACAUACUUGGUAGUCACUUGGUAUCAAAGAAAAAAAAAGAAAACCUAACUUUGCUUAUGAGUCGCAUUUAAAACUGAUGGAGCAGAUAUUGCAGUACAGUUUUCAUAGUUUUCAUAUAGGGCAUUUCCAGAAUUUCUUAUUCAUGGUAACACUGCUGAGAACAAGACUUCUUUCUUAGGGUAUAUCAGCCUGGUUAAAGAGGAACUUCAGAAUCAAAUAUCCCCUUUGAGACUUGAUAAGCAUAGUAGAAAAGCAUUUAAACCAAUUAGUCUGACACUUGAUUUCACACUAACAGAUUUUUUUUUCUUCAAGUGAAGUAGCCUGAAAUAGAUUUAGGCUUUGUGGGUUUUUUUCAAUCAUUAGAGAUUGCCUCAUUUUUGCCAUUUCUCUUAGGAAAGACUUGGACCAGCUCCUGCUAAGCCUCUGCUACUCUUUUCCUGAUGGGUUUUAGAAUGCCUCCUAGAUGGGGUGAAUGUCUACUUCAAGUGGCAGAGGAUACGAGCAGCUGUGGAGUUGCUAGUAAAUAGGCUGUAACAACUAUGUACUCAUCUAGUGUCUGACAUUCGAACUGUAUCAGAAAAUCAGAAACACAACACAAGCUGGUCUUGUGUUUUGGUUUCUUUUCAGUAUUUUAGGGAAGGGGGAAGGUAUGAAAAAAACACAAUUCAUUUAUGAACAGUGUCAGUCCCAUCUGCUUCAGAUGCUGCUUU